AUGUACUGGGGGUACUGGCUAACCAAUCUUUCUUGGGCAAAGGUCGAUCACAGCCCUAUUUCGCCGCCACCACUGACUACCUCUGUGACGCCCUCGAAGGAUUGGUCGGAUCGCGCAACUCCGCGUGCGCAAACCAGAAAUGAAUUUGAUGAAAUCGAGCGACGCACCCAUUCAAGCAGUUUAGAAGGAACUUUUGGCAGUAAAGAGACCGAAAUCAGCGCUCUUCGAACAGCGCUAGCUGAAUGCUGGACAUUGUGCAACACGCUCGCUAGUUUAAGUUACAUUAAUCGAAAAGAACGAUUAUCCAAAUCCUAUGAGGAUGACAUGCAGGAAGACGCUUGGCGAUCUUGCUGGAGACUGUGCCAGAAACUCUACGACACCCGCGAUGACGAAUGUGCAUCACAGGUCAAUUCUACUCUGGAUCUCUGUCGAGAUUUCUGCCAGGCAUUGUUCGAGGUUCGAGUCUGUGAUAAUGACCUGGCGGACUCCGUUUUGCGCGUCAGCUUCGAGCUGAAUAAUCACCUUUAUAAUACGCACGACCGCAACCUUCCUGACGCCUUCCGAGAGCGCACUUUGGACUUCUAUAUAACCCUGUGCCACCGCCUCAUGAAACAGCGGACACGUCUGACCGAGACCGAUUCUCUUCUCAGCGCUUGCUGGGCACUGGCGGAGAUGUUGUUCAGUAUUCGUCAAAGCCGAAGAGAAGGAAAGAGGCUUGAUGAGGAGCUGCUGGGGUCUGCCGUGCAGGCCUGUUGGGAGCUCUGUGAUAUCUUUCGCGAGGGCUGGACCCUACACAGCAUGCGCAACUCGGACCGGGGUACUCCUCGGCCCAGCCAAACCACUUUUGCACAAGCAUUCCAGCAGGCAACGCAGGUGUCAGAGCUCGAUUUCGUCGACGACGUAUCCGGUCAAGUGGUGAAUCCAGAGACUCCGACGACCAUUUUCGAGGACACCGUCACGGUGUCCCCAGAUGAAGCCCCGGUUCCGAAUAUCCUUGUCCUCGGUCAUGCCAACGGCCAUAAUUCGCAUUCCAAAUGGCCCUCCAGUGCAUCAAGCAUUUCGGAAAUCUCUCGUUCAUCUGGAAAGACUGCGUCCUCAGCAAAUACAGUGACAACGAUCUCGGAGGAUCCCAAUUUCACUAGACUCAAAAUUCUCAUCACCCGGGCCGCCAUCAACAGUGGGUACCAACGGGGUGGCACGCAGAGCCUCUCAUCAUUUGUCAAGUCUCUUUCCUCUGACUCCUUUGGCUCGGCGCCCUGGCAGACGGCUCUGUUGAAGAAUUAUCGGAAAUUAGUCGCCUAUGACCCCGCAUUCAGAAAUGUCGGUUCGCAGGCCCGUGUCAGCGCGAUUGAGGUGGGUCGGGCGUGUCAGGCGAUGCUCCAGAGUGGUCAGUACUCCUGGUUGCGAGAUCUGUAUCGCCUCGUCUUUGGCUUUCACAUGGAGGAGGCUAUGAGCCGUAAGGGCGUGACCAUCCAGACUUAG